UUUUCUCACUGAAAUACCUAUUUAUACCAUUUUCCCUCUUGUUAAUACACCUUACAUAACACACGGUAUAAUCACCUAUCAUGGGUGUGUAGGUAAAUGAGCAGAACAUUACCAUCCACAUUAUAAAUUAUUGAUAACUGAAAAUUGCGUAGGUGUUGAUAACAGCUGGUGAGAAGUGCGUUACUGGGCCCCAAGACACCAACUGUGGGGGCCUGCCAUGACCACCUGACCCUAUGGUUCCAGUGUCAAGAAAUAAAUUGAAAAGAGAGACAAAGAUGGUUCCUUGACAAACAUUUAUGUAUAUCGCCAAGAUGUCCAGAUGGGUGCGUGGGGCAAUUUGGGCAGCUGGUUCGUGUGUUGUUUGGUGCCCUGUGUGUGUGUGCCUCAGUGGUGGAGGAGCUUGGUGGGUGUGCGCAUGUGCUGUUGGCCUCAUUACCAUCACCCUUGGGUCUGGAUACACCACAUGGACUGUCUUUAAUAACCUUCUUCGACAUGGUCCUCAGUCUUACCCUUUAUUUGCAAAGUGCUUUAGCAUUGUGGAGCGUGUUGUGGAAAGAGGCCAAGGCCACACCACCAAUACACAGGAGGGGGUGAGGUCCUCCAGAGUCAGCAGCAGUACAAUACAAAGCCUGGGUGGGACUGGAUGCCACAGAAGCAGCGGACUCGAGCCCAUCAUGCAAGAAAUGGUUGUUACAGCCAGUUCUCUGCAUUCAUGCUUAGUUCUGCCAUGGUACUCCCGUGUCUCACCUGAUAAUCAUUUCUCUCACCAGAUAAAAGAUGUUUUGGAAGAAAUGCUGACUAAUAUGUGUCACAGAGUUCAGGAGUCAGGGAGCCUAACAUAUCUAGCAUCUGGUGUCAUUCAGAUCUACGUACAGCACUACCGCCAGUACCACCGAGCACUCAGAAAAGUCUCCAAGAAACACAAAGAUUUAGAGUCACUUAGCAAGGCAGGAGUGCAAGAUGUACAAGCCAAAUACAAGCCCCUACACCCCGCCCUCAAAAGUCCCGAAGCGUUGCAGCUGUAUUAUCGCAAGCUGGCACAAAUAUUACUCCAACACUACUUACCCGUUGAAGUGACACGCUGUGACCUCAUUUUGAUCUCGCUGAGAGAUCUCUUUGCUCAAAAUAUUUUACAGGCCCUCGUGGACCUUAUUUGUGAUACUCAGUGGCUUAACACAACCCUGGCAGAAAUACUUUCGGGAGUGGCUGAGGACGUGGGGGAUCGUGAAGGACUGAAAAAUGACAAUAAACCUGAAGGAAAAAAUAAUCAGAGUAAAAAUUCUUUGGAAAUAUUAGCGAGUGCUUCAGGUACGGCUGAUAAUGGUGAGAAGUUAUAUCACAGUAAUCUUCUUGCAUCAAUAGAGGAAGAAACUGUGUCAGAUCUGCAACAGUUGGACCCCUCAUGUUCAGUACCUGCUCAAAACACAGUGAUUAGUGAAAGUUACCCUCCAAAACCUGAGUUUAGUAAAGACUUAAUUGAAGAAAAGAAGUUUGAAAAUGCAGAGGCUCUUGUAGAGUAUGUGAGGAGCUCAAGUUUAGAGAAAAGGGAGAGUACAGGUAGUGAAGAGGAGGAAUACAAGAGUGUGUCUUCAGCCUUGGGCACUUUCAUAUCCACAACAGCUGGGCCACUGCUGCCCGACAACUCCUCUUCCCUCCCAUAUCAGCCACUCGUGUCCAAAAUGUGGGAGAGUCCCGUUGAGGACAAGUGUUUUGUUGACGUUCAGCCCGUUAAGAAAAAGAAAAAUCCCUUUUCGCGUAAUGUUGUGGAAGGGAUGAAAGAGGAAGAUUACAAAUUGAUGUACUAUCCAACAAAAGACAAGAAGACGGCAGUAUGUGUGUCGAGUCCAGACGAAGACUAUUUUUUGGUGCCAAAGUUAGAAGAAGGGAAUAUAGAAAUUCGUGUUGAGGACAGUGAAUCUGUAAAUAGUAAAGAUACAGAAAUGUUGCUAGCGGUGCCAAGUCUCAGGGACAUACCCAGAAGUAAGAGCUGUGGAAAUCUUGUAAACAAAGAAAAAGAUAUAACUUUAGAUACUGAGGCAAAAACAUUACAUUCUUCUCUGGGUGAGCUGGACCAACCAAAGGAUAAAGUAGAUAAAUACAGUUGGGUUCAAGAUGCUUCAUAUAGUACAAGUGAAGGUGAAGAAUUAGGUAAUAGAAAAGAAAAAGGUCAUUUAGUCAAAAUGCUUUCUUUUGAUAAGAAUGAUGGAACAGACGAUGCGUCUAUACAGAGUAGCAAACUUAAUACAAAAACUGGUGGUUUAAAUAAAGGAAAACAAAGUCCAAGAUCUGAAGUUUCCCAGAGUGGUCAGAACUGUAUUUCUCAUGAUUCAGUGAGUUCAGAAUUAUCGCAAACUACGAAUACAACCUCGUCUUUAGACAAACAAGCCACAGACGUGGAGUCUCCCAAUAACUUAGAAAUUCCAGGUUCACCUCUGCUAAAUAAUGCUGGAUUUGGAUGGGACAAUCCAGACCUCUCACCAAUUUAUGAAGAAAGUGAAGACUUGGCAUCAUCGAUUGCCAAAUUAAGGUCAGGGUUCAAGGUUUGGACUGGGAGAAAUGAGGUUCAACAAGAAAGGGGCCAUGUGUGUAAGGGAUCGUUACUUACUGAGAGGGAGAGCCAGCAUAGCCUCGGAAGCCUGAGUUCUUAUGGAUCAAGUGAUAGUGAACCCAAAUCUGCACAAUCUGAUCCGGGACGAUACAGUUUGGAGAAAUCCAGAUUCACCUUCACUCAUAAAGACAGUUCAGGCUCAUUGGCAUCAGUAAAAUCUGUCUCAAGCCUUGAGUCAUCUGGGAAUGGUAUUGCAGACGAGGAACUUUUAGAAGCAGCCGAGAUACCCUUAGAUGGCCGAGUGUUCCUCAGUAUAUGUGUUCCAGCGACAGAAGUACACACAGAACCUGGAGGAGCUCAGUACACUCACUAUACCAUCCAGUAUGAUGCCAUUUACCUCUGUGAGAGCACCACAGCAGCACCAGCGACUGAGGGCGGGGAGGAAGGUGCAAGUGAGCCAGUUGUCAUCUCUGAACCUCGCAUGGUCCUUCAGACUAAUUGUGUGAAGAGAAGAUUUCGAGAGUUUCUGACACUUCACGCUGCCCUGGAAGACGAUUCAAGACUGCGGACUGCGAUGAAGGGUGUUAAGGGGCCCAACAAGUGGCUGAACUUGCCCUUCAGCAAGCUGGACUCGACAACUAUUGCUACACGAAAACAGUUUUUGGAAAAAUAUCUUCAGUCUGUUAUUCAGCGGCCUGAGGUGAAUAUAUCCACCCAUGUGAAGGAGUUCUUGGCCUAUGGCUCAGAUUCGUCCGUGUCAUUUGUUAAGAAGCCUCUGGAGUUACAUGUUCCUCGAUUAGACAAGCUCUUGGCCAAGACUGUAUCAGGAGUGUUCCACAGCCUGAAAACAGCUCUUCCAAGCUUCGAAUCAUCUGAUAAUCAAACUGGAGCAACUGAGCCAGUUACCAACCACAGUGGGGGAAUGAGUGGAGGUUCUGGUGGAGAUGGCUUGCUCAAGAGCAAAUCUGGAGGAGGAGGAGUACUGAGUGAACGUAACAAGUUGGCAGUUUUCCUCUCCAGUGGAAACAAGGCAGAAUAUGAACUUAAACUUGAUAUUACAGCAGAAGAGGAGGACUGCCAAAUAGAAGAGGCUUUAAACAGAGAGGUGUCAGGUGCCACGAGAGAUGAACUGAUAGACUCUGCAUAUGAAGCACGAGAAAACCGUAACCUAUUCUCCCCAUUACCCUUCACACAUGUUCAGUGUCAGUACCAGCAGGAACAGCAACAGAGCCAGCAACAGCAGCAGCAACAACAUCAACACCAAUACUCAGUGGUGGUUGGAAGAGGUGAUUCCGAUGUGGGAGGUGGAGCGUGUUCCCUCUACCCCUCAAGUUCUCUCCUGCAGCAUCUUCCUCCUCCUGGUCCUCGGUCUGAAGGAGAUGGUUGUGAUGUUAAUGCUCUACCUCGACGUGACAGUCACCGAGACUCUUUAAAUGAGGAAGACGCUGGUGGAUCCUGGGAGGAAUGGCCAUUGUCUGUUGGACUGUUAGAUGCUGUAGUGGAGAUCCUGUCCCCGUAUGACCACCCACUCACACACCAGCCGUGUGUCACACUACUUACACUCACUCUGGCAAGGAUCACUCACAAGUGGCUACAGGCUGAAUUGGAGCAUCUAUUUUGUGAAAAUUCUACAGUAGAAUAUAUUCAGACCGUAAGAGAUGCCAUUUUGGUUGCUGUGGAAGAAGCACCACGACCUCCACCCUCCCCAGAGGAGGUUGCAAAAUCACGUGUAAAAUUACAGGAAUCUUUCAAAGACUUCAUUCCAGGUGUUUUGGGAAUGGCACUUGGAGCAGAGCUGUCUCAUCAAGCAGUAACGAAAAUAGUGGACUCACUGCAGCAUCCGACAGUUAACGCGGACCUUGCCCUACACCUCCUCGACCUCGUGGCCACCCAGCUGCUUCCCAUCACACCCACAACACCGUGAUUGUAUCGUACUACUGCCAGCCACUGGUGCCUGAGAUGCAGACAGGAGAGCCUGGAAUGUAGAGAUCACUCUGACCAAACCCUUAUUUAAACCUUAACCCUCAAUAUACGGUAUAUUUAAUAUGAAGGAUACAGUAGUUUAUGAUUGUAUACAUCUACACAUUAUUUUUCUCUCAUUAAUUAACCUGCAGAUAAUUAUAGUAUGGUUGUAAAGGAGAGGAGAGGAAAAUUAUAUAUAUAUAUAU